AUGUCGACAUUUCCUAACCCUCCUCGAGUCCAGGUACUCGCAGACAUCGAUUCCACUCCUCAAUUCGCUCCAUCAAAGACCACCGUUAGCGAUAUCUUAACGCCCGAUGCGCUACAAUUUGUGGCACUGCUACAUCGCAGUUUCGACGAUCGCCGUAAAAAGUGCCUGGAGAACCGCCAGGCCGUGCAGCGUGACAUAGACGCCGGCGGGGCCCAGAUCGCUCAGAACGGCGGAGACGCUAGUGGUGUUAAGUUGUUUCAAUUGCCAACGGAAACGCAGCGCGUUCGCGAUGACGUGAGCUGGCAAGGUGCAGUUCCUGCACCAGGUUUAGCAGAACGGCAUUCGGAGAUCACAGGUCCACCUCUGCGUAAUAUGCUGGUGAAUGCAUUGAACGCUCCGGUGUCCACCUACAUGGUGGAUUUCGAAGAUUCGGCAGCACCCACCUGGGCCAACUGCGUUUACGGCCAAGUCAACUUGUUCGACGCCAUCCGUGACCAGAUCGAUUUCCGCACUCCCCGUAAGGAAUAUAAGCUGCGGGCACCAUUUGCAUCACUUCCCACGAUCCUCGUUCGUCCACGUGGAUGGCACAUGCUCGAGAAGCACGUGACCGUGGAUGGAAUUCCAGUGUCAGCGUCACUAUUUGAUUUUGGAUUGUUUUUCUACCAUAAUGCACGCAAAUUGGUCGAACUGGGCAAGGGUCCAUAUUUCUAUCUUCCCAAGAUGGAGCACUAUCUCGAGGCACGGCUCUGGAAUGACGUGUUCAACGUGGCACAGGAUGUGUUGGGUAUUGCACGGGGCACAGUGCGUGCCACCGUUUUGAUCGAAACGCUACCUGCGGCUUUCCAAAUGGAGGAAAUCUUGUUCGAGCUGCGUGCCCAUUCCGCUGGUCUCAACUGUGGUCGUUGGGAUUACAUUUUCAGCACUAUCAAACGGUUGCGUAAUGUUCCCGGUCACGUGCUACCAGAUCGUCAACAUGUUACCAUGAAGGCUCCAUUCAUGGAUGCCUAUGUGCAAAGACUUAUCGAAGUGUGUCAUAGGCGUGGCGUACAUGCCAUGGGAGGCAUGGCCGCUUAUAUUCCUAUCAAAAAUGAUGAGCGUGCCAAUUCUGCUGCUUUGGCACAAGUGCGCGCCGAUAAAGAACGCGAAUUGAACAAGGGCCACGAUGGUUCGUGGGUAGCACAUCCAGCGUUGGCUCCAAUUUGUAACGAGGUUUUCCACAGCAUGGGAACCCCCAACCAGAUUCAUUUCAGACCCGAGUGCAAUGUGCAAGCGGUCGAUUUGCUAAACACCCGCAUCUCACAAGGCGGCGUCACAGUCGAGGGAAUCCGUCAAAACUUGUCAAUUGGUCUUCAGUACAUGGAGGCUUGGCUGCGUGGAUCCGGCUGCGUUCCAAUCAACAAUUUAAUGGAAGAUGCUGCAACCGCCGAGGUUUCAAGGUGUCAGCUAUACCAAUGGGUCACACAUCGCGUGAAAUUAUCUGAUACCGGUGACGUGGUUACUCCAGAUUUGACGCAAAGCAUCUUGGAAGAACAGGUUUCGGAGUUGUCAGCCAAGAGUCCUCUAGGCAAGGACAACAAGUUCGAGCUUGCAGCCAAAUAUUUUUUACCUGAGAUCCGCGGAGAAAAAUUCAGCGAGUUUUUGACUACUCUCCUGUACGAUGAAAUCCUCACGUUAAAGACAUCACGGUUGUAA